CAGUUGCCAUUUUGAAACGAGAAAAUUUUUUCUUGUAUACCGUGUAGCAGAAAGUAAGACGAUUUGUGGCGUGGUCGAGACGAAUUUUUCGACAGAAUUUUGCUGAUAGAUCUAGCCGGAGACCUUCUUGAUAUAUCGCUCUUUACUAGGCGUAGGCUUCAGGAUAGUUGUUCGUACAAAUUAAGCUUCAUCGACCCCCGGCAAAGGUAAGAAUCCGAGGGCAGUGAAAACAGUAUUGAAACAGUAAACUCUUCCACCAUUGUGAAUUUACUAGCUCAGAAAGAAAAUAAUCGGAUGGAAUGCUGUAGAAAACAUUCUUCCCCGUAAUAGACUCAACCGCAGUUCUAUGUAAAGUAGUGAAGUUUUUUUGAAACAGUUUUGCAAGUUCCCGAAAACCGGGAGAAAAUGAACAUUAUAGUUGUGAAGUUUUUUUUUCGUUUUGUUUAAUUCAAGAACCCCGGAAUCAAAAUGGUGCUCGGUCAGAUCUCUUCUCACCGACUGUGUCCUUGGACAUGGGACACAAUGACUAAGUUUACGGUCUGAAUCAGUUUUUAUAAUAAAAUUGCUUAUUUCUGUUAGAACUAACUUAUUGCUUACCGUUCAUAGUUUAGUCGGCUUCAAGUCGGAGCUUUGCUCAAAUGACCGGUGAGUCUGAAAAGGCUUAUCUAGCAAAUGUUCAGUUCGAAGAAGUAAGCGUCAGUUUAAAACAGUGCAUAAGUAAAAAUAUAAACAAUAAUUAAGUUGAGUAAACAAGUAGUUUGAAAAUUGGUGCCUUACUAAAUGUCCUGAAAAUGGGCAGGUGGAAAAAAUCCCCGGUUCCUCGUGGGCUCUUGCUCGAAGUGUGUGCGAAGCCAUCAAAAUGGACAGUGACGAUUCCAGACCAGGUUCGUCUGCAUCUAACAGCUCUGAAUCGGACAAUCCGUCCAGUCCUGGUACAACAAAUGCCACAAAAACACUGGAAGAAAGUACCAACGCCCGUGCUUCGCGUUCCCGUUCGCGAUCAAGGUCCCGGUCGAGAUCAAAUUCACGGUCUCGGUCUGGUUCACGUUCAAGGUCGGGAUCUCGAUCGCAUUCAAAUACACCAACGUUGAGUCCCCUGGGCAUAAAAAAGGAUAGUCCGCCAUCGAGUCCGAAAAACGACGAUGAUGCGCCAUCGCGUUCCAAUACGCCAUCGUUUCGAAGCGCGGAAAAUUCUCGUCACUCAAUACCGCCGAAAUCACCGCGUAGUCGCAGUGGUUCACCGGAUGAUCGAUAUAAUCGAUCGCGAUCAGGUUCGAAAGACUCGAAUCGAUCGGGCAGUUCUCCUAAGAGGCAUCGCCGUCUGUCCUGUCACUCCAGUGCUUCGAAUCUUAGCGAAAAGCUAAAGGGCGAGGAGAUUUCGGAUUGUGAAAUCGAAUCGGACCGCGAGGAUAAAGACAAGUCCAAUGACGCUAGUAGCAAAAUCGAAGACAGCGAUAUGCCUUCUGGGGUGAGCGGUGUUAAGGAUUCUCUUGAUAUGAGUCAUGAAGACUUGAGCGAUGUUAGUUUGGAAAGCGAAAACGAACCAGAAGAAGAGAAGGAAAGUGAUCGGGAGAGUGAAAAGGGUGAAUGCGAUGAUGACGAUCGCGAAGAACCUCCAGUUAUAGCAGAGCCCGAGGUCGAGCAAGAAUUUGAGUCACGGGAAAACGAGAAAAUGAAAAUAACUGAUUUACGGCAGAAGUUGGAGGAAAAGAAAAAUCAACUUCGAAACAUGGAGGAAAAGCAACCAAUUAAUGGUUCUUCAAGAGGGCAUGACACUGCACUUGAUGGUGCUCUUCUUGACAGUAAAACUGACGAAGAUGCAUUGGACUUUGAGGCAGAGGAAGGGGAAUGUGAUCCGCCGAAGGAGGCGGAGAAAACUGAAUCUGGUAGGAUUCCGGUACAAGCUCCGGAAGGUGAGAGUAGAAAAAGCAAAAAUUCCGACGAUGAGUUGGAGGAAGGUGAAGAGUUAGAGGAAGGAGAAGUAUCGGAUGAGGAUGAGAAGAGACCCGAGGAAACGGAACCGAAACCGAUUUGUCGAUUCUACGCUCGUGGCCAGUGUACUUGGGGUAUGAGUUGUCGAUUUUUGCACCCGGGCGUUACCGAUAAAGGUAACUACACCAUGUUCGAUAUGGUGCGCCCUGUCCCGAUUUCACACCAACCGCCACCAUAUGCCGCUCAUCCUGUCAUUUACCCUAACGACUAUCGCAUCGAGAGACCGCCAAUUCAUCACAUGCCACCGCAUCAUGCUGUUCCGUAUGGCGGUGGUGUUGGUGGGGGUCUUCCACCACAAGUGCGACCAUCCGAACCUGUAACAGAAAGUGCCUGGGAGCGAGGCCUGCGAACAGCAAAAGAAAUGAUGCGUAAAGCUAGUAAACGCAAAGAACAGGACAUCGAUUUUGAGGAUAAAAAAAUGAACCUUUCUUUAACACAGGAUGAAUUGGAAAAAGACAACUAUUACACAAGAGGAUCGCCAGAGUUAUCGCCACCCUAUGGGGGCCGCGCAGUGGGUAGUGGAAAUGCAUACGAAUUCAACGCUCCUCCGGUCACUGCUAAGUUUACUCGAGCCGGACCAACAUUCGAGGAAGAUCAAUUCGGCCGGACUCAACGUUAUCGUGAGUUACCUUCACAUCGUAUGCCUCAGUACGAGGAUGAGGAUCCUACCAAACGGCGCACUCGUUCUACCCGCGAAGUUAUAGUGCAACGAGCCGACGAGUGGAGUGAUCCAUGGAUGCGUUCCAAAUCGCCGGGUCGAGAGAAACGUUCAGUGCGUCGUGAACGACGAAGCUACAGCAACAGUUCAUCGUACAGCAGUUCAAGCAGCAGCUCAAGAUCUGGUUCCAGUUCGGAUUCGAGUCGAUCGCCUUCCCCCAGUACGCGACGCAAUCGGUAUGAUAGUCACCGGUCAAAAGAAAGCGAUCGCCACACUGCGCACGUUCGGAAAGUCAUUCGCACUCGGUCACCCAGCGCAAGUCCGAAACGUGCUAAAUACUCACCAGUUCGAAAGACAUCGCCGGUUGUUUCGAAAAAACGCAAUCCUUCUCCAAUUCCCGAUAAGCGAAUCAUCGAAAAAGCGAUUGCAACUAAAAGGAAGAAGACGUCACCUGUGCGCAAAGUCUCUACCGAUAAACGGAGGAAGCGGUCCAGCUCGUCCGGCUCUGGAUCUUCGGACUCGAGUGAUUCAGGUUCGGAAAGCUCGUACUCGUCCAGUUCAUCCACCUCAUCAAGGGGAAAGAACGCUGUCAAGAAGUCCAAGAUACCCGAAAAGUCCUCGAAGACGUCUCAAGCAUCUAAGAAAUCGAGCGACAUGAAAAAAUCUGCCGGUGAUUCAAAACCAAACGCUCAAGUCAUUCCACCCUCCAGUGCGGCUCUAGAGAAAGCCGUGGCUAGUGCUAAUGCAUCGAAGAAGUCUUCCCGACGAGAAGAACUUCUUAAGCAAUUGCGAGCGGUGGAAGAAGCGAUUGCACGAAAACGAACCAAAAUCGCUUAAAUGCUAUACUAAUGGGCUAGCUUCAUCACCGUAUGAAAUAGAUCACUCCGAUCGUUGGUGGCCUACUGGAAGAGACGAUUUAAAAUGAAAGAAAUGCAAAUCACGGAACACCGGGAUUUGCUGUCAACAUUAUUUUUAUAAUUAGGCGCGCAGUAAUCUUCUUUCUCAUUUCAAAGUCAUCUUGGCAAAUUGCUUAUUUUAUAAUGUACUGAAUUAUAACGUAGAAUCUACGUAAAUGUUUCUAGCUUAGUGGUUUGCCCUAAAAAUGAUCCGUUUAAGAAGGCAAAUUAUUUAAUUGUAGAGUGCGAUACAGAUGAGAGAUGUACUCAUAUAGCAGAUAGAUCUUUUGAUUCCAACUGUAUGUUUUUGUGACAUCAGCCAUGUCUGUUAUUUUGAACUGUAGAGAAAAAACGUUAGCGAUACUGACUAAACUAGAGAAUAAUAAACGUUUAAAUGUCAUCAGCACGCAUAUCUUUUCCAUUUUGAUUCGGUAGCAUGUGGUGUGAUGAGUAAGGCAAUUGCGUUAUACCAUAAGGCAAAUAAUGCUUAACGGCCUCACUGUAUAAAGGAACUGUAUUCGUGUGAAAUGACCAGAAAACUUCAGACAUACGUUCAGUACUUAUUUCUCAUCAAAUAGCGAUCGCGAAGUCACCGACAGCUCUUCGAGAGACUGUGACAGUCGGGUCAAUUCCCAUCAGCCGUACAUUUCUUGCACUCAUUGAAAGUUUGGCUUAGUUGUGAUAACACUAGAAUGAAUUUGUAUUCGAUUCUUCUGUCAAAACGCACAGAAAUUAUCUACUAAUUAUCUUGAUAUAGAACAAAAGAUUCUCUGGAUAAAAUAUGAUGGCAAUAUGUAAAAA